AUGACUGCCAGAGCUCAGCAGCACGUCUACUCGCUCCAGGCCCCUGUAAGGGGGACUUGGCUCUUAAAUGAGUGGGUCACAUUAAGUGAGGGCCACAUUAAGGGGACAUUGCAGCCUGACUUUCAGUCCUGAAAAAAACCGAUUUACGCCGUCGGCCAGCAGUCUCCUACCGUUAAUGCGCCUCAGGGAUGGGUUUCCCAACGUCAAUCUCACACCUCCUUCCCUCGGCUGUCCGGGUCUACCAACCGGCUGAUGAUAGGAUUGGACGCGAUGGCUUAAGCAGGAUGAGGAGUACGUCAAUGUGUUCCACCACGGCCAGAGGGCAUGUUCCGUGAGUCAGUGAAACCCCUGUUUUUGUCCACCGCAUCGGCAACGCAGCCGGUUGUGGAGAAAGCUUACAUAGCCUGACCCGGGCAAACGACUGGACCAUGUUGUUAGUUUUUAUUCGAGCUUGAUUUUGUCAGACUACUUAAGUCCUGUGUGUGCCAUCAAUUCAUCCACCUGUGGUUUUCGUGCAUGUGACGUUCCUGUGAAUGCGCACCGAUUUUUUGAAAUAAUCAAGUCCCUUAUGUUUCGUUCGUUCACUUAUUGUGGAUGCAUUUGAUGAUCUGACCUGCAACUGGUUAGCGAUGCUAAAUUCUUUGUGACAAUCCCAAUUUCCUCUAGAUGUCUCUUUGGGCUCGGAAGUACGUGGGUAGUGGUCUUUGUGCAAAUUUUCCGGUAUGAUCUUAUUUCGUAGCCGCACUUGUUAGGGGUUAAGGUUCGGGAUUAGGGGUUAGGCUUGUGGGUUAGUGUUAGGGGUUGGGGUUAGGGGUAAGGGGGUUAAAGUUAGGGAUUGGAGGUUAGGAGCUAGGGUUGGGGGUUCGGGUUAGGGUUGGGGGCUAGGGUUAGGAGUUAGGGGUUAGGGCCAGGAGUUGGGGGUCAGGGUUAGGGGUUGGUGUUAAACCCCAUAUUACCACCGGUCACGUAUAACAGACAGCUGGGGCUAGUCUACUGCAGUCGAGGCUGUGAGAUAAGACCCGGCUGAUUUUCCCCUUGGUAAAUAGCGGUAACGACGACGACGACGACGUCGCCAACAACGACGAUGGCGAUGAUGAUGAUGAUGGUGGUGAUGGUGGUGGUGGUGGUGGUGGUGUUGAGGAUGCUGCUGCUGUUGCUCCUGCUGCUGCUGCUGGUGAUGAUGAUGAUGAUGAUCAUCAUCAUCAUAACUUUCAUGGAGGUGGGGUGGAUGGGUCGAUUAUAGAACAGAGAGGGAAGGCAGAAAACCUAUUUCCCCGCUGGCAUGUGAGCCCAUGGAGAUGA